AUGACCUCCAAUCCACCUACACCAGGCGUCAUUCGAAGCAAAGAUAAAGAUGCGUCAAGCAAUUCUCCCCCGGGCCACCGCACAACUGCAAGCGCAUCAUCUAGCUCCAACCCAAGAUACAGCCUUAGCAGCGGCCAGACCGGCGAAUCGAGCACGUCGGCCACAAAUCGAAAUAGCCUCGCAAGAGAUGGCGUCGCCAACGGCCCGGGAGAAAGAGAGUCGAAGAAUGGAGGGCUGGAAGACGAUAAACUAUCCAAGGAUAGUAAAAGAAGUCACAGAAGCCGUAGGAGCAGGACCAGCGGCGGCUUCCUCCUCUCAAAUUCGUUUUUUGAGCCGCCUUCGCACGGGGCGAUGUCUGAAGCUUCUGCCCCAGAGCAACUUCCAUAUCAACGGCCAUCGGCUCAUGAUCCCAAGGGAAAAUCAGCCUUGAGGAGCCCCGAGAAACUACAUACGGAACGGCGGUCGAAUGUUGGAGCGGGAGGACUAGAAAGUAGUCCGUUGGCUGCCAAUGCGACGGUUGCGCUCACAGGGCGAAAUCUCGCUGGAGAAAUUAGACAACAAAAGGGAGAAGUUGUGGAUGAUGGGUCCGGGGCAAAACCUACGGCUCCUACGCUGGACGUCGAUUCUGCACAGAUUGUAAACCUUGCCUUAAAUCUGAGCGAGAGUCGACAUAACGCUAGACGAAACAUCUCAACUCCUUUACUACCCAUCGCACAAGGACUUGGGGAAGGAUUUGCGGGAGGUAGCCUUCGCCAGCAUUUACAGCAGCAAAGGCGGAUAUCUAGAAAUAUAUCGCCGAGGUCAGAUCGAGGCGGCCGGGCAAUGACACCAUCACCAAGAAUUACACCCAGCGUCCAAAUUUACAAUCCUUUACAAGGAGCGUUUGAUACGCAGCCAGAUGGAAGUUACCAGUAUCAUUUUUCCCCGUCCACUUUAGCUCGCGCAGCGAAGGCCAAGAACGUCAUCGAACUCAUGGCCGAAUAUCGUCGUCUUUUACAAUACGUGCCACCUUUGAAGCCUCAAUUAGAGCGAGUUACAUCAAACGAUAGGGGACCCAUCCCUUCAUCCCCGACCUCCGCACCUAUCUCGCGGGCAGUGUCGGUGUCUUCCCAUGCUCCCCGGCCAUUAGGAAGAUUAUAUAAUCCUCUCCAGUAUAUCAGAAAUCGGAAAGUUCGUGCCCGAAAUGCGAAAGCUAUCGACGGGGAAUCGCAGGGUUUUGGAGAUCUUUCAAAGGUUUCAUCUUGGAUUGAUCAAGUGGCAACAGAAGCAUCCUCCGAAGACUCACAUUUAGCUGAUUGUCUGUUCAUGCCUUCGUUCUCAAAAGCUGCAGAUGCUGCUGCCUCGCCCCAUACCUCGCCUCAAUCUGGUUCUGGUAAAGGUCAGGCAGCUCCACCGAAAGUCAAACGACCUAGAAUAGAUUGGGUCACAAGUCCGGCGGAUAUGAUUGCGGAUGUCUUCUGGCUGGAACAGGAUGACAAUAAAAAGAUGAUCGAGAACCGACAUGGAAGAAAAAUAUUUCCUCCAGCGGCUGAGCUUAAGCGGCCCAUGUCCCGAAAAAGUGAGGAGCCAGAACCUCAACUAUCUCCCAAUCGAGCCGUGCCAGAGGAUUCAGCAUUGGACCUUCGCCUAGACACAAAGCUUCCUGAAUUCAAAUCCAUCAAGGGAGAUUUAGAUAAGCAUCCAGAUAGCGCUGGUUCUAGAGCACGCCAAAAGCUACGACAUGUGCGCAAUGCCACACGUAUACAUCACAACUAUAAUGGGUCAAUACAUGAUAGGUCCCAUUUAUUUCGCUCCCGCAGCAGAUCCCAUUCAGAUUCCUCGGACAGCGGUUCACAGCGCCGAUCAGCAAGGCGACGAAGUGGAACAGUAGAUAGUAAUGAUCGUGCCACAGACAUUCUGGAGAAGCAGAUGAUGCAAAUGCUCCAGAAGGAGGCACAGGACAGUGAUCGGAAGUCAUCGCACGACUUUCCUGGCGACCUAAUAAACCGGUCGGCUGAACCAUUGAAGCCCUUGCCUGAGCCAUACUCACCUUCUGAGGCUGUUAAAGAUGGAUCCAACUACGGAAGGACUAGGCCUGUUAUGAAUCAAACAAAAACAGAUGCGGCCAAAAAUGGUUCAUCGGGCAGGGCGAGUCUCGAAGUUCCUGCUAGUAGCCCAAGGCGUUCCUUGGAGGAGCUCGACAGCACUGCCCCCAACUCUCCUGAGGUGAGGGCUUCUAAAUUGUCCAACGCAUUUGUUCCAAGUCUUGCUAUGAACUUUUCGCCUCCACGAAGCCGGAAUACAUCGCAAACGCGAAACCCAUUGUCGAAAGUCAAGUCAAAGAUCCUACCUUUCCGUGAUCAUAGUCUAGAGCGAAGUCGCAGCCGGGUACAUAUGGAAGAAUCCCAAGUUCAGGUACAACCGCUGAGCUCCAAGGAACUGAUACCAGGCAGCCCUGAUACCCCGGAAAGGCGAAGACGAUCCAUGAGUCCCACCAAGCAUAUUCCAUCUGGGAAGGCUGAUGAGGAUUCGACGCCCCUCAAACAGACCUCGAGUUUACGGAAAAAUAAAGGCGAAGACUCAGGCAUUCGAGGUCUGUUCAAAAAUAGCCGUAACCCUGUUGCAAGAGUUGGUGAGUUAUUCUGGAAGGCCUCAAAGGAGCCCUCUCCAGAACACGGCGUAUCUUCAAACUUUUCCACAGACGAGUCCGAUAUCGAGGAUUUUAAAGUGUCGCAAGCUCUACCAGCUAAAAUUCAAUCUCAUGAAGGCCCUACCGGAGUGGGUAUUCAGGAUGCCGGAGGCUUGCCAUCGCGAAAGGAAACGCCUUCUUAUAUCAAUGAUAUGCCAGUGUUCGCUUCCCCCUUCGAGCGCCGUGGAAGGUCCGUUCGAGCACGAGGGGAGGACGUGAAGUCGAACCAACAGAUUGGAGCAAUAGGCAAACGAAUAAGCCAGCUUCACAUUCCAGAACCUACACCAAGGAUAGAUGUCCAAACCGCUUCCCCAACAACGUCACCGGAUCAUGGCCCCGUGGCCCCGUUCCACCGCGAUUCUUCCAUUUCAGAUCUGGAUUCUCGUCGUGGCAGUUUCAUGCCUGGGGUUGAAAGCGCGGAUGCGCGUCUCAAUGCAAUCCUCGGUUUACCAGGAAAGCAUAGCAACACCUUACCUGUGACGGGCCUUGCCAACCUCGACGUAGGCCAUGAUCAAAGCCCAUCGCAAAAUCGCAAACGCGAAUGGAGUAUUUCAGAUAGAGGCAUUUCGAUACAUCGUGGCCCAAUGACCAAACGGGAAAUAGCUCGCGUGGAGGCACUCCUCCUCAGUUCUGGCAUCAAAGCCAAAGAAAUCUCUCGUCGAGCCACGGAACUAAAGGACCUCCGUGACGCUGACGAGACCUAUUAUUCUGAAAUUGCUGAACUAGCUCAGGAUGAUAUCAUCCCUGUUCCAAAAUGCAAACAACAUAUCCUCGCUGCCCGUAUCCUCUCAAGCGAUAUGCAACUUUCCUCGCGCAUGUGGCAAGAAUCUGCAGACGCCUUCGCCAAUACCACUAUCACCGGCGUCCUCAGAGAUAUCGAAAACCUCCAAACUCGAUUAUCGGAUGAUCUUACCCCCAUGACUCGCAAGGCUGCUGAUGAAGCGGACGAGGUCAGCAAAGACCUCGUAACCAGCCAAACGCUCACGGUUAAGAAAAUUACGGAUAAGAUUAACACUAUGAUGAGGAGACGGAGGAGGAGGUUCAGGUGGUUGAGACGUGGAGGGUGGGUUUUAUUGGAGUGGGCGCUUGUGGGUGUCAUGUGGUACGUAUGGUUUGUCGUGGUCCUUGCUAGGGUUUUUAUGGGCGUGGGAAAGGGGGUUGUGGGUAGUUUGCGGUGGUUGUUUUGGUUGUGA